AUGGUGUAUGCAUGGUAUUUCCCCACAGGUUUUGCUGCAGGUGGAGCUGAAAUUCGCCACUACUGGUCAAGCAUGGUGAUGUGGAUCGAUAACCCGGCCCUUGAAACACCAAAUAUUCUUGGUGCAUCGCUGUCACAACAGCUUCUCGAACCGCGAGGCUAUUUGCUGGGUUUCUUGACGCCACAACGAAAAGAUCCAUACGACAAGUACAUCAGCAUUCCUCCUGUGAGCUUUGUGGGAGCGCAGCCAGUUAGUUCGAGACGAAUUUCCAGAUGGAGGGUUGAGUACACGUAUAGUGGCGGUUCAAACGUAUCCACCAAAGUAUCUCACAGAUAUGCAAACAAGGGUGACUGGCUAGCGUUAGUCUUUUCAGCCAGAGAAGGCCAAUAUCACGAUCUCAUCAUGUGGGAUCAACUCACGGAUGAAGCACGUGCGGCUCUCAACUCCGUGGAUUUCGGUGAGUCGAAGGUUCCGUUUAAUGACCAGAAUUUUCAAUCAACCCUCGAAAAAGCGUAUCCAUUCUAG